GCUUCCCUUCCGGUGCAGGAGUACCUGUUUAUGCCAUUCGACCAGGCUCACAAGCAGUAUGAGACAGCCAGGCACCUGCCGCCUCCCCUCUAUGUCCUCUUUGUUCAGGCCACUGCGUAUGGGCAGGCUUGUGCUCAUAUGAAAUCCUCCCAGCCCCCUAGACAGGAUAAGACGUUAUCUGUGGCAAUCGAAGGGAGUGUGGACGAAGCCAAGGCUCUUUUCAAGCCUCCAGACGACUCCCAAGAUGAUGAGAGUGACUCGGAUGCCGAGGAGGAGCAGACCACGAAACGCCGGAGACCCACGCUGGGGGUUCAGUUGGACGACAAACGCAAAGAGAUGCUGAAGAGGCACCCACUGUCUGUCAUGCUCGACCUGAAGUGCAAAGAUGACAGCGUGCUUCACCUGACUUUCUACUACCUCAUGAACCUCAACAUCAUGACAGUAAAAGCCAAAGUGACAACUGCCACGGAGCUGAUCACCCCCAUCAGUGCAGGGUACUGGGCAGGCGCUCUGGGCAGUGACAUACGGGAUGGGGAGGUGGUGAGAGCCUCAUUGCGGGGCUGCUCUCGGUUCCUCCCUCUGGCUCUGGAGAGGUCCACGGCUGUGUUGUCUUGUAUCCAGAUGGACCAGAAGUCCUGGCGCAUUGCUGGUAUCUUAGAAAGCAUUCUUUAAUUUGUGAAGUCCUCUUGCUACACAGAAGAUGAUAGAAGUGACAACAGCAUAUUUGCAAAUUGAGUAGGUGGGGCAGAGCACCAGCUUUUUGCUACCAGUAAAAAGUGUGUGAAUGAGAUUUGGUAGAGAUUAUCAGGUUGACAAAUUUAGGCCACUCUUUCCCUUUACUCUUUCUAUCCCAAGGUGCUGGGAUUUUUGCUCCCCAGCGCAGCCCAAGCCCAUGUCCUUAUCUGGGUGGUGGGAGGACUGUGGCGGGUCCCUGUGAGAGUUUUGAGAAGAGUGAGCAGAGGCACAGUAAUGACAGCCAUCAUCGCCUCCCCAGGAAAGCCCUGAUUACAGUGUUCUUUUUUUUUAUUUAUAUUUUUGUUGAUACACAGUCUCACUAUGUUGCC